CGCGGGGCGUGUGACGGGGCGCCGCCGGUGGUGCGAGCGUGACUCUCUGCUUCUGCGCCGGGCCUCUUCGGUGCUGCAGUGUGUCGCCGCUUCGAUGGGGUGGUUCGGAACCGGUGGUGCUCAUCCCAGCUGACAUCUGAAGGUCAUUCCCCUCGACUGGCAGCUGCCGUCCGUCAGGAACAAAGCGUCCGUCGUCGCCUUGGCAACAACCCCGGAACGAUCCCGAUGUAGGCUUGUCCUCGCUAGAGUCACUUUGGAAGAACUGCUGGUGGGCUGUUCGAACACGCCGGGCGAUAAUUUGAACAGGAGUUCUCGACAACCGACUCGGCGACAAGCCGGUGUCAUAUUUUGUUGCAUGGUCUUCGGUGGCGGCGCUGGCCGCGACGUGCUCUGCAGCAUCCCUGAAAACUGUAGCGUUCGACGCGAGCGGACUUGAGAACCCUCAGGCCGAGCGCAAUAUUCGCUGCCAGGCCAUCUCCCGCACACUUGUUCGACCUCGGUUGAGGUCAAACAACCAGCCGCCUCGAGUUACCUGUGAUUGGCUGCGAGUGAAGUCGCGUGACCGCCCUCGGUGACCUUCGGUGAUCCCGUGGCGUGAUCAGCCACGCCGCAAUGGCUGCCGGCGGAUGCCCCAACUGCACAGUGACGUCGGGUGACGUCACAGUACAGGCAGCGCCCAACGCAAACUCCGACGCACAGGUGGCGCUGCUGGUAAUCCUGCCGACGGUGGCAGUCUCCGCCGGCUGCUGCCUGCUGGUCGCGCUGCUGCUGUGGCUGCGGCACCGCCAGCGCCGGGACAAGGAGCGGCAGCCGCUGAAGCAGCAGAUAACCGCUGUCCGGCCCGAUCAUCCGGUGGCGUUCGUGCUCCCCACGGUGACCAUCAGCGAGACGGGCAGCGAGCCGGUCAGUGACCUCUCGGCGCUGAGUCACUCGUCAAGCUCUUCGUCACUGGCGACCUUCCAGUCAAACAGGUCCUGGACGGGAGCCCGUCCCCGGCCGGUCUUUAAUCCCGACACCAUCAGUGCAGAGCUGUAUGAGUACGCCAGCCCAGUGACGUCACCGGAUACGACGUCCGAGUCGGAGGGCGGGGCCCGCUUCUCCAGCGGCGGCUCACUGGGAUUCUGCCUGCGCUAUGACGUCACCAGACAGCACUUGACCGUGCGGGUCGUGGGUGCGCGCCAUCUACCGGCCAAAAUACGCAAAGGGUCGGCAGACGCCUACGUGAAAGUGUGCGUGCUUCCCGAGAAGAAGCAGAAAUACACGACGCGUGUGGUGCGCAACACGCAGGACCCCACUUUCAACGAAGAGUUCGUGUUCGCGCUGCGGCGCGCGCACCUGGACCACAAGGCGCUGCGGCUCACGGUCUGCGACUACGACAAGUUCUCUCGUCGGCUGGUGCUGGGCCACGUAGUGUUCCCCCUCAGCAGGGCCAACAUCAGCAGUCGGCUGACGGCGGACGUGGUGACGGGGGAGACCUGGCUGCAGCUGGAGGAGCGCCUCCCCGAGCAGGAGAUGGACCACAACAAGGGCCAGGUCGAGGUGUCGCUCUGUUACGUGCCCGACGCCGAAAUGAUCUACGCAGAAGCGCUCCGAGCCAGGGAUCUCCGGGUUCCGGAGAGAGAUCUUGUGUCGCUGUUUGUCAAGCUGUCCUGGUACGAGAGGAAGCGCCUGACGCGGACGAAGAAGUCUCGGCCGUGUCGCCACACGCGCGACCCUGAGCUCAAUGAGCGGCUGACGGUGCCUGUGCAGCGAAGCUUUUUGUCCGACGUGUGUCUCGUGGUCGCCGUCUGCGCGCGCAGCAAACUCGGGGUGCGGCAUACCAUCGGAAGGUCCUGCAUUGGACCGAUCUCGUACACAACCGGUACGGGACUCCAGCACUGGAACAACAUGCUCCACUCCACCGGCAAAGCGGUGAAGAUGUGGCAUGAUCUCAGUUGACCUCAGUAGACCUCAGUUUGCCCCAAUUGGCAGUUGUCCAUGUCGUAGAACUGCUUUGGAGUCACUCCAAGUGUCGCGGAGAUGGAGUGUUGCAUUGCACGCACUUUUCGCGUCGUAGAUCAUUGAGAGCUUCCAAGGCUCAACGGAAAGUGAUCGAGUAGCAUGUUGUUUGAAGACAUUUUAUGGUGCGGGUGGGAAAGAGUGACUUGCGUAUGAGCCAAGUGAUGUGUAUCUUUCUGCCGAGUCAGUCACCGGGUGUAGACCCGGCUGUUGCCAUGCAUGAGAAUGUGGUCGCGUUUAGAGGAACAGACAACCACGUUCUGCGAGUGCGCGUCAUGGCACGCAACUUCGGUAGCUUGCGCUCAUUUUUGUCUCCUAAGCGUCGGGCGCUUUGUGAUAGCUUUCGUGCGACCAUUUUUCCCAAGUCGGACAGGAAA